CUCCGGAUCGCGCUCGGGUCGCGCCAGGGCCUCGGCAGCCGCCGGGUUGGGGGGUCCCCGGGCCGGGCAGGCAGCCGCCCCCUCCCCGCUGCCAGCCAUGAGCGGCUCUUUCGACAAGAAGCUCUCCAGCAUCCUGACGGACCUCUCGGGCUCGCUGAGCUGCCACGCAGCCUCCAAGGACUCUCCCACCCUGCCCGAGUCCUCGGUCACCGACCUGGGCUACUACACGGGCCAGCACGACUACUACCCGGGCCAGUCGUACGGGCAGCCCGUGGGCCACUACCCGUACCCCCAGUUCAACCUGAACGGCAUCGGCGCCGCCGGCACCUACUCGCCCAAAUCCGAGUAUUCCUACAGCCCCUCGUACCGCCAGUACGGCCACUUCAGGGAGCAGCCGCUGCCGCCGCAGGAAGCAGUGUCCGUGAAGGAGGAGCCGGAGCCGGAGGUGCGGAUGGUCAAUGGGAAGCCCAAGAAGAUCCGCAAGCCGCGCACCAUCUACUCCAGUUACCAGCUGGCCGCCCUGCAGCGCCGCUUCCAGAAGGCGCAGUACCUGGCGCUGCCCGAGCGCGCCGAGCUGGCGGCGCAACUGGGGCUCACCCAGACCCAGGUUGGGCCCGGGAUUCCAGAAGGCGCAGUGACGAACACCCAGCAGGAUCGGGAAAAGCGGGAAUAA